UCGAGAUGCCAAACGUAUGUAAAGAACGCAACCAGUGCCUCAACACACCAGGAGGAUUCCGCUGCUCCGGCGUGUCGGAGAGGGAAGCAGUUGCUGGAAUCUGUGGCCACUCUUAUUUUUACAAUUCUGAUAUGGAAGAGUGUCAAGCCUGUACAGAAUGCGACUCUCAGCCAAUGACGUCCCCAUGUUUGGCCACGAGUGAUGCGGUGUGCGCCAACCCCUCUGAAAGCAGACUCUCUCUUUCCUGGUCUGGUAAUGUUGACCUAGCCAAGGGUAGUGAGUUUCCCGAUAAGCAACUUCAUAUCCGUGGCAUUAGUGACGGAAGCCUUCUUUCCAGCACUGAUGGGUGGAUAGUGCUCCACCAACAUGGUCUUGUUUGGGUCGACCAUAACCUUGCUUUAAGACAUGGCUGCCGCAGCUUUGUCCAAGCGUGUUUGCGACUGAAUGCCAGUGAAGGUGAAGGUCGGGAUCUGAGUGGCAUGCGUUUGGAGCAGCGGGAGGGGAAGUCUCUCCAGAGUGCCAUUGUGAGUGGAGCAGCUGCUGUGGAGCCAGGUCAUGUGCUCUACCUUUCUCUCAAGAGUGUCACCAACCAGUGUAGCCAAGAAAAUGAAGACGUGCACCUUCAGAGCAGCCUAAUAGCACCAUUCAGUCUGUUCUGGUUGUCCCAUGACACAGGUGCAGUUGCUAUGACUGCUCAGGCCGUUGCCUCUGCGCAUUACCACACCAACUACCGUCCUGCCUUCCGUACCUCAUCCACCUCCGACGCUUACAUGGUCGGGCUGACCCAUGACAAUCGUGGGGUGCGCUUCAGGGAAAGUGGCACUGUGAAGUUCGUCCUUCAGCAAGCAUUGUACUCAAUGGGUCAAGCCUGCAUCUCAGAGGGCUUCUACUUACUUGCAUACGUGAACCACAACGGAAGCAGUGCUGAGCUGACCCGUGCAUUCAAGCCUGGCGUUCAUUACAGAGAUACGUCUAUAUCUCUGUCGGCUGCCACCACUGUGGAUUCUGGGGAUAUGCUCACCUUCGAGAUCCUUGCACCCGCGCAGUGCAACGUGCGCUACUUUGGUGACGACUCUGGGAUUAGCAUGCUCAGUCUGGUGUGGAUCCCUUCGGCUGUGUCCACUGCCCUGUCAGCCGCCGUGUCCAGGAAGAGUCUCCCCACUGGUGCAGUGCGGAAUAAGGCCUUGUUCUUCCAUCAGACUACUCCAGCAGUUCCACAAGUUGCACUCGCUGGAACCAAAGAUCACAGAGACUUCAUCUUUCGGGAAGCAGGGACAGCGAGUGUGGCCUUAGAUCUGCGGCUUAUCCACUCAUGCAGUUUAAUUAAACUCACCUUGCUCCAACAGAGUGGGUCUCAGGGGGAUCAGCCAGCCCCUGUUGCUCAACAGAUUAGUGGACAAAUGCCGGAGGGAAGUGUUUGGGCAAGCGUGGGACUGAGGGGAUCGUUCCAGGUGCAUAACGGCACUGUAAUCUUUGCUACGGUGGACUGUGUGAGAGGGCGCAUCAACCAAAUCGCCCAUGAUGCAGGAAGUAGCAUUUCUAUCCUCUGGACAGCUGCAUGAGCUAUUAAGUUAAGCUGCCAUGCUGAUGUUCUUACUGUCUUUAUGCAUUUAGCUGAGGUACUUUUGGAUGACGGUUUUAUUUAGGCAUCAAUUAGUCGUUGGUUAAGCUUAAAGGUGGGGUAUGUGAUUUUCUUUUUUGACCAUUUUUUUUCAAAAUCACUUGAAAUCCUAUUUCUAACCCACUUACAGCCACUGAGUUAGAAGCACUGAAAUGAAAAUUAAGCAAUUUAAUCAUCUGUGGAAUGGGCAGGACUCGAAAAAAACUCCAGCCAAUCAUUUCCAAGACCACCUAGAAUCAUUGGACAGUAAGUGCGUCAAUCGAGUGGUGGUACCACACCCCCUCUCCCCAUCCCCCUCUUCGAAUGGGUGGAGUGGGUGGAGUCAGAGCCAGCUUUGGAGGAAAGAAGGUAGGACCUUUUGAUUUGUGUAUUUUCAAAAUCUGCCAGCCGUUUUGCAAAUCCCAUUUCUAAAUAAUUGUACCCCUGUACAACCAAAUAGUACAACAACAACAAAAUUUUGCUUCAGGGCUAGAUUUCUGGGUUUUAAGUGUCAUUGUGUCAUCAUGUACGAUUUUUUUUUUUAGUUGAGAAAAUAUGAUUAAUUUACUCUUUCUUUAUUAUUUUCAUUAUUAUUAUUCACGGAUCUUUGUGUGAUAGGUUGUUGUAUGGUUUAAUUUUCAAAUGUUUUCAUCUACCAGUUCUGAUCAGGUAAUUUUCUUUUUAUUAUAUUUGCACUUCAUAGCAUUCAACCAAUGUAUUAUCUACGUAUUAUUUCCUUAAUUAUUUGCUGUUUUCCUCACCUUAAAAGAGGGUACGUCUUACAGCAUGUUUUGUAUCUUGCCUGUAUCUUUGAAUAAAACGUUCAACUAUA